AUGAGUAAUUUGUUGAAUAUUACCAAGCAAACUUGUCGUUUGUGCAAGUCGACUUUAAAACAAGCAUCGGCAAGUUUGCAAACCAAUAUUGCUGCUAUAUCCACGACAGCGUGUGUUUGCGGUGAUACCAAGCAGCCAAAGGAAAAGAGUGCACGCGUUGUGGAGUUUGAAAAGAAAUUGCGUGCUAAGACACCAAUUGGCAAACUAGAUGAGUUUUCACAACAUCCAUUCCAAGAGAAAGAACCUCUAAAACCGUGGCCAAAUGCAACCAACCCACAUACUGGAGAAAUUGGCGGACCUGCUGGACCAGAACCAACACGAUACGGUGAUUGGGAGCGUAAAGGACGUGUUACGGAUUUUUGAAUGGACUUAAUGGAUUUUUACUUUGUGUUUGAUCUUACUGUUAUUAUUUGUCACGAAUCCUAAUAAUUAAUGGAAUUAUUACUAUUAAAUAUUAUUAUAUAUGUAUUA